AUGACCCACACGAACACUGCGGUGACGCCUACGGGCAAGAAGACGGAUGGGAUGUCGGUGGAGGAGGAUCUUUCUCGCAUUGUGGAGGGGGCGGCGCAGAGGCAAGAGUUGGAGCAGGGUAUAACUGCUUUUUUGCGGAGCAAUGCGAGGCAUAAGGUUGCCGAUGUUUUGCUGGCACUUUCUGCCUACACGUUUGGUGGUCUCAUGCAUGUGCGCGGUCAGGGCACGGCGCUCACAAGUCUUUCCAUGUGGACCUCUGGUACCACUUUCCUUCUUAAUAUGCAGGUACGCAAAGUGUUUGAGAUUGAGGAUUCGGCAAAACGUCGUCAGGUGGCGGCAGGGAUGAGUCUAGAGGAGAAGAACGUAUUCCAAUUGGAAACGGUGGCGUCGUGGCUGUGGAUGCUUUCUUCGAUGCAGCAGUUUAAACUUCAUAAACGCAUGAAAUACUGCGGCUAUAGCAGUUGGAUGGGAUUGGGUUGUUGUAUGUACUUUACGCUGCGACAUACGUACUGCAUGAUGCUGCUUGAGUAA